UCUUAUACUUGGCCUAAGUGUAGCAGGAGAAAUGGCUGCUUCCAUUGUGUACAGCUAGGCUAACUUACUGUUGGAAUCGAUUUUCUUUUAUUUAAAGGGUCGGAGGCUUUCAUUAGCAACGUCGUAUUUGCGGUAAGCACAGAUCUUAAGAUGUUACUCGAUAGUUGUUAGCGUUUUGAAUGAAUCAAGAGGCGUUAGAAAGCGAAAACCUACAGAGGUACCUAGCUAACGCUGUGUCGGCGAGCUUAUUAGCUUGUUUGCUUUCAGCCUAGCUUAGUACUAAUUAACUAGAUUACUAAAUUAGUCUUUAACAAAGCUUAGUUUUUUCCCCUCUCGUGCGUUGCGAUUUAACGUUAGUAGUACAACGCAUCAAUGCCUGAGCAAGGCCCGAGAAUGAACGGCUUCUCUCUGGGCGAGCUCUGCUGGCUGUUCUGCUGCCCGCCCUGCCCGAGCCGCAUCGCCGCUAAGCUGGCCUUCCUGCCUCCGGAGCCUACGUACUCGGUGCACACGGAUGCUGAGGGCGCGUGCAGCUUGCACCUGACCGAGCGCGCGGAUUGGCAGUACUCCCAGCGCGAGCUGGACGCCGUGGAGGUGUUUGGCACGCGCACGAGUCGCGGCAACCGCGUGCUGUGCAUGUUCGUCCGCUGCGCACCCAGUAGCCGCUACACGCUGCUGUUUUCGCACGGGAACGCCGUGGACCUCGGCCAGAUGUGCAGCUUCUACAUCGGCCUGGGCUCGCGCAUCAACUGCAACGUCUUCUCCUACGACUACUCCGGGUACGGAGUGAGCACCGGGAAACCGUCCGAGAAGAACCUGUACGCGGACAUCGAGGCCGCCUGGCAGGUGCUCAGGACAAAGUAUGGAGUGACCCCAGAGAACAUCAUCCUCUAUGGCCAGAGUAUUGGCACAGUGCCAACGGUGGACCUGGCGGCACGGUACGAGUGUGCAGCGGUCAUCCUACAUUCUCCACUCAUGUCUGGACUGCGCGUCGCCUUCCCUGACACACGCAAAACCUACUGCUUCGACGCUUUCCCCAGUAUUGAUAAGGUGUCAAAGGUGGCCUCUCCGGUCCUAGUGAUUCAUGGCACGGAGGACGAGGUGAUCGAUUUCUCGCACGGCCUGGCCAUCUAUGAGCGAUGCCCACGUGCCGUGGAACCACUGUGGGUCGAGGGAGCAGGGCACAACGACAUUGAGCUGUACGCCCAGUACCUGGAGAGACUCAAGCAGUUCAUCUCCUUCGAGCUGGCUACCUCCUGAAAGCACACUGCAGCACACUGUACAACAUCACGGCACACACUGCGAUGAGCUCCUCUCAGCUCUUUAGACACCAAGCCGAGGAUCAGCAUCAAGGAUUUGCACUUGCUGACAGAAAUUCUGGACUCUUCGUCGUGUAUAUGGUGGUAUUAAAGGACGGGGCCUUUCCAUUUCUGCAAAGAGGGAAAGGCUUUUAUUGAGGUUUUUUUUUUUUUUUUGAUUCUUUUCUACUUGAUGAAGAAAAAUUUAAAGUGCACCACAUACUUUACAUAUUUUGUGUUUUUUAUUUGUGUAACUGAUUUAUUUUGUGUGUAAAUACCCAGAAGGGGUAAGUUAAAUGGAUGCACUUUUAUUGUGCUGUUAUGUUCAGGUGACCACUAUUUUUUUUUUUUUUUUUUAUUCUUUGUCAUUUUGUUUUAAUGAUUUCUAAGCAUUCCAUUGGUCCAUUGGAUUCACUUGGCUGGGAUAAAAGUGGAUUUUUUUUAAAAAAAUUUUUUAUACAGAGCCAGUAUAUGUGUAUAGUGUUUUUCUUUUGUUUUGUUCUCUCUCUCAUUCUCUCUCUCUCUCUUUUUUCUUUUAAGUAAUUAAGUGAAGGAAUACUACCACUGAAAAACGCAUCAAUGUCACAUGACUGAUCAAACCACUACAUUGUUUCUGGCUCUGGAGCAUGGUGCUGUGUGUUACUACAGUAAUCAGGGCAUUGUUUGUGCAUACACACUACAUAAAUAAGGUGUUCAUAUAUGAAAUCUUGGUCUCUGUUUUGGCUCCAGUGCUACAGUAAGCCUUAUGCUCUCAGACAUUUUGCUGUCUAUUUUUUUCUUGGGAGCGGGCUUUUCUCAAGGUUAAUACUAGCUGCUACUCUUCCAAUGAGAAAAAAAAAAAAUCACUGUGAGACUGAACUGGCAAAACAAUAUGGGUACAAGGUGAAUCGUAUUGAGCCACACAAAAAAAAAAAAUCAUCUCAUCCGCCCCAAAAUUUUGCAGCUGCUUCCUCAAUCCUGACAUUAUAUACUGACCCCAAAGGACUCUAACCCCGGAACACAAAGAAAAGAUAACACUAAAAUGCUUCAAGUGCUUAUAUUUCAGUGCUAGCUUUGCAAAUGUUAAUGUAUUCAGGGGCUAGCACUAGACACUAGAAGAUACAAUGGUUUAAUUAACGGAAGGAACUUGGUUUAUUCGUAGCUGCAAAUAUCAUGUUGCAACUUUUGAAGGGUUUCUUUUUUUCUUUUCUUUUUCUUUUUUUUUUUUUUGUGCAAAUGGGCUGGACUUAUCGGUGUUCAUCAAUGUGUUGCUGUAAGAUAACACUGCAUUGGCAGAUACACGUGUACCAGGAUAUUAUUGCUUUUCUCCACAAGUCCCGAGCAAGGUUUGAAGCUCCUCCUUUAUCCUCACUGGAGUUCGAUGGAGACUGCUUUUAAGGAACGACUGAACCACAGCCCUAACUGAGCCCCGCUGUUGCUUUUGAUACCGACGGUUUUUAAACAAUGUUUUUUCCACUACUUAUUAAUAUUAUCUUUACACCUCUUUUAAUGCUGGUUUGUAAGAUAAUCGUACUGUAUACAUCAUCUCUCCUCUCGAUAGAUACGUAAAAACAAAAAAAACUGUAUUUAGUCUUUUUAAUGAUUUUGACACUGGAAUUGCUGUAUGCAAAUAUAAUGCUGAAAAGAGAAAAAAAUAGUUGGUACAAAAUGUGCUAGUGUAAUUUUUUUGUUUUGUUUUAUCAGAUCAAAUGAAAAAGCCUUAAAUGUGCUGUGAGAAGGAUUUAUUACUCACUUGAUGUUGGCUGUUGCCUCAGAGCAACCCACUGGAUGUUGUAUUGCUAUAUAAUGGAAUAAAGGAUGCAUGGAAUAUUGAACAUA